AUGGCUGCGAAACCUGCUGCGAGCGGAGCCCAUCCACUGUCAACAUUGGAGGGCUUCACCUGCGGUGCUGUUGCAGCGUGUAUAGCGGUCACCGUCUCCAACCCUGCUGAGGUGGCUAAGACGCGAUUGCAACUGCAAGGGGAACUGGCCAAAAAUGGCGGAGAACGGGUGUAUAAGCAUGCUGCGGACGUCUUCUCGAAAACAUGGAAAAAUGAGGGUAUUCGUGGUAUGCAGCGUGGUCUUGGUCCAGCGUACAUCUAUCAGUUUUUGCUGAAUGGAUCGCGCCUUGGAUUCUAUGAGCCUUUCCGCCGCAACAUCAACAAAUUCUUUGGUGUCUCCCCGACCGAUCAUAUACCAAUAACGUCGGUGAUCGCUGGAGCCUCCAGUGGUGCAGUUGGAGCUGCACUCGGCAACCCGCUGUUCCUCAUCAAAGCCCGUAUGCAGGCAUACUCACCGGCACUGCCAGUCGGUGCCCAGCACUAUUAUAAAAGUUCAUUUGAUGCUCUCAAGACAAUAUUCCGCGCGGAAGGUUAUCGUGGCCUAGUUCGUGGCAUCGACGCUGCCAUUCUGAGGACGUCAAUGGGGUCAUCGGUACAACUUCCGAGUUACAAUUUCGCCAAGAGUCAAUUAUCAAAGCAUGAUAUUCUACCAACGAACAGCCCUUGGUCCUUUUUAAUCAGCAGUUCCGUGUCUGGAGCCUGUGUGUGUCUUGUUAUGCAACCAGCGGAUACGGCUUUGACUCGCGUCUACAAUCAACCAACGACCAAACUCCCGAAUGGAAGAAUCGUGGGUACGCUUUAUAAAAACCCAAUAGAUUGUCUGUGGAAGACCUUUAAAGCCGAAGGUAUAAAAGGAUGGUACAAAGGUUCCACCGCUCACUUCCUACGGAUCGCGCCUCACACGAUCAUUACAUUAACGGCAAACGAUAUAAUCAUUAAUCUCUACCUCAAGACUCGGGAUGGACGCCAGUAG